CACACUUUUCGGGCACUUUCCGCCGGAACAAACAAAAGCCCUAGAUAUUCCUCUUCAAGUCUUCAUUGCAUAAUUUGCAUUCCCGCUUUCUUUCCCCUUCUCUCGCCUACUCCUCUGCUCUCACUCUUUGAACUUCUCUCUCACCAUGUCUGCUACCUUUGGAGUUAACACAGAGCUAUCCCGCUGCGUCCUCCGCUUAAUCGGACCAUCCGAUCAUAGCCCUAGUCCAAUCCAACGGCAUUCCACUCUCCCUCGGUUUUACAAUGGAUUUCUGUCCUUAUCAGCGGCGUCCGAGAACUUAAAAGUGACAAGAAGGACGAGGAUUUCUCCCCGCCUGCUUUCGAUGCCGACGAACAGUUCCAGUGAGAGUCUAACGUACAGGGAUGCUGGCGUGGACAUAGAUGCUGGCUCUGAACUUGUUCGAAGAAUUGCCAAAAUGGCACCGGGAAUCGGUGGCUUUGGUGGACUUUUUCCUCUUGGUGAUUCAUACCUUGUUGCCGGUACGGAUGGCGUGGGAACUAAACUUAAACUUGCAUUUGAAACUGGAAUCCAUGAAACUAUUGGGAUUGACCUGGUUGCGAUGAGUGUCAACGACAUUGUUACUUCUGGAGCAAAGCCAUUAUUUUUCCUUGAUUACUUUGCUACUAGCCACCUUGAUGUUGACCUUGCUGAAAAGGUUAUAAAAGGAAUUGUUGAUGGUUGCCAACAAUCUGAUUGUGCUCUUUUAGGAGGCGAGACUGCUGAGAUGCCAGAUUUUUAUGCUGACGGUGAGUAUGACCUCAGUGGUUUUGCGGUUGGCAUUGUAAAAAGAGAUUCAGUAAUUAAUGGAAAUGACAUUGUGGCUGGAGAUGUCCUUGUUGGUCUGCCAUCCAGUGGUGUUCACUCUAAUGGUUUCUCUCUUGUAAGAAGGGUUCUAGCUCGAAGUGGCUUUUCUUUGAAGGACAAACUUCCUGGUGAAGAUGUUUCAUUAGGUGAAGCUUUGAUGGCCCCAACUGUUAUCUAUGUUAAGCAGUUGCUUGGCUUGAUUAGCAAGGGUGGGAUAAAGGGGAUUGCCCACAUCACAGGUGGUGGUUUAACUGACAACAUACCUCGAGUGUUUCCAAAAGGCCUUGGAGCUGUCAUCCAUAAGAACUCCUGGGAAGUCCCAACUCUGUUUAAGUGGAUUCAAGAGGCGGGAAAAAUAGAAGAUGCUGAGAUGAGACGGACUUUUAACAUGGGCAUUGGAAUGGUUCUAGUUGUGAGCCAGGAGGCAUCUAAUAGGAUACUUGAGGGUGGAGGUGGGGCUUAUAAAGCAUACCACAUUGGUGAGGUUGUAAGUGGUGAAGGUGUGAGCUAUCAUUGAAUUUUGUAUCAUGUGUUAAUUGCAGCAAACACAUUAUGCUGUAAUUUAUGAAUUUGAGGGAAUGGUGAUAUGAUAAAGGCUGUAGUUCUAUAGAAAUGUUAAAUGUUAAUAUUUUUUUUUCGCAA